AUGCCUCAAGAACAUAUCCAAGACAAGGUCUAUGCGACCUCCAUCGACAAUCCCGAGAAGUUCUGGCAGCGUCAGGCGAACAACCUGCACUGGCACAGGAAGCCAUCCAAGGCGUUCCAGAGGAGCGUCAAACACCUGAAGAAGAGCAAUGUCUCACAUGAGCAUUGGGAGUGGUUUGCCGAUGGCGAGAUCUCGACGACUUACAAUUGUGUGGACCGCCAUGUGGAAAACGGCAAUGGCGAUAAAGUAGCUAUUUGCUGGGAUAGUCCGGUAACCGGGCAGAAAGAGCAGUACACAUACCAGCAGUUGCUACAAGAAGUUGAGACAUUGGCGGGUGUUUUGAGAGAAGAGGGAGUCAAGAAAGGCGAUGUCGUGUUGAUUUACAUGCCGAUGAUACCAGCUGCGCUCUUUGCUAUGUUGGCUAUUGCCCGGCUGGGAGCCAUACACGCGGUUGUGUUUGGUGGUUUCUCGCCCGCAGCGCUGGCACAGCGGAUUGAGGCAAGUCGCCCUGUCGCAAUCAUGACGGCCUCUUGCGGCAUUGAAGGAGCGAAGAAACCCACUGAGUACAAGUCGAUGAUCGAAGGAGCAGUCCACAAGAGUAGCUUCAAGCCAUCCAAGACCAUUGUCUGGCAGAGAGAUCAGCUUCGAUGGGAUCCCAUAGUCAAAGAGGAGGGUCAAAGGAACUGGCAACGACUAGUCAAAAGCGCGAAGAACAGGGGGUUGAAGGCCGAUGCUGUGCCUGUUAAGAGCGGUGAUGGACUGUACAUCAUCUACACGUCGGGUACAACCGGGCUUCCAAAGGGCGUUGUCCGCUCAGCAGGUGGUCAUGCCGUUGGAUUGAAUUUCAGCAUCAAGUACCUGUUCGGAGUCCAUGGCCCCGGCGAUGUCAUGUUCACAGCGAGUGACAUCGGCUGGGUCGUUGGACACUCUUACAUCGUCUACGCUCCGCUGCUGGCUGGCGCCACUACGGUUCUGUUCGAGGGCAAACCCGUUGGAACCCCCGAUGCGAGCACUUUCUGGCGCGUCAUUGAAGAGUACAAGGUGACGACCAUGUUCACCGCUCCCACAGCUUUACGAGCAAUUCGCAGGGAUGACGGUGAUAACGAAUUCUUCGAGGCGAGAGGACGAAAGGGUGCACUGAAGACGCUCAGGGCCCUGUUCCUGGCAGGAGAGAGGAGCGAACCGAGCAUCAUACAAAUGUACCAAAAGCUACUCGCGAAGCACUGCGCUCCUGGUGCAAUGGUUGUAGACAACUGGUGGUCUUCCGAAUCAGGCUCACCCAUCUCUGGAAUCGCACUCAGCGCCUCUGCCGGACUGGACUUCUCUUCUCAAGAACGACCCGCGCCGCUUCCUGUCAAGCCUGGCUCGGCUGGAAAGGCGAUGCCUGGGUUCGAUGUUCGCGUUGUGGAUGACUCGGGUAAAGAGGUGAAGAGAGGCGAGAUGGGCAACAUUGUCAUGGCGAUACCGCUUGCUCCAACUGCCUUCACUACGCUGUGGGAGGACGAAGAACGCUUCUACAAAGGCUACAUGAAGAGAUUUGAUGGGAAGUGGAUUGACACUGGCGAUGCUGGCAUGAUUGACGAGGAGGGCUACAUUUCAAUCAUGGCACGGGCGGAUGAUGUGAUCAACGUUGCGGCACAUCGCUUCAGUACCGGCGCCAUCGAGCAAGCCAUCACGACCCAUCCCUCCAUCGCCGAAGCAGCCGUAGUCGGCAUCCCCGACGCAUUAAAAGGCCACCUCCCAUUCGCCUUCAUCACCCUAUCCACAAACAACCACUCCGACUCCGCCGUGGCAGACGACAAGCUCCUCGCCGAAGUCCAACGCCUAGUACGUGAACAGAUUGGUGCGAUUGCCAGCCUCGGAGGCAUCAUCCAGGGCAAGGGCAUGAUCCCGAAGACGAGGAGCGGCAAGACGUUGAGGAGGGUGCUGCGCGAGCUACUGGAGAAUGCGACGCAUGGGGAGUUCGACAAGGAGGUUAGCGUUCCGAGCACGAUUGAGGACCGCGAGGCUGUCAAUGUUGCGCGGGAGAAGGUGCGGGAGUAUUUUCAGGUCAAGGGCAAGGAUUUGCACAAGGCUACGGAAGCGCGGGCGAAGUUGUAG